AUGAAGCCAAAACUAAAUCAACGCCGACUAAUCAACAUUGACCAAUAUGUGGCGGUAGCCGAGGAGCCCGCAGGUGGUGAAACUCAACAAGACCCCCUAACUAGCAGAGGCUUGCCUCAUUCGAGUGAAGUAUCCAAGUUAGGCCUAAACAAAG